GUCAGUUUUGAUUGAUUAUAUCUCCUUUUUUAAUUUCUCAGUAAGUCGUUUGUUUGUCUUUUGGGGGUUUUUAAACUUAAAUUUGUCUACAAGUUAUGGUGCAUACUACUUAUCUCUUCUUGUUUCAGCCCUCUUUGAAUUACCACAACAAGACUGUUUCAAGAGAAAAAAUGCGAAGUUUCGCUUACCUGUUACUCUUAUACUUGAUCGAAUUAACGAUCCUGGAAAUAUGGGCAGUUUGAUCCGUUCGGGUGCAAGUUUGGGUUUGAAUUCUAUCUUGGUGACGAAAGGCAGUGUCAAUAUUUGGAAUGAAAAAGUGAUACGAGCAGGAAUGUCCGGUCAUUUCCGCAUACCUGUAUAUCAAGGACUGAGCUGGACCGAUAUUAGUCGAUAUUUUGGGAUAUGUGAUAGUUCAUCUUCUGAUGUUAUAGUCUUUGUAGCUGACCCUGAACCACUCUUGACUGAUAAAUUAAUCGAAUCAGCAUGGAAAAAAGACCAAACUAAUCAUCAGUCACAAUAUAUUAAUGAGUGCAAAAUAUCUGUUGAGUGUGAGGCUGUUGAUUUUCUUACUCCUGAGUCAACAGAUUCCGCAUAUCGCUUACCUGUACAAACUAUCCCACAUUUUUCAGUGAAUUAUAUUCCUUCUGAUUAUAACUCUGAGGAACAUAAUUGUCGUUUAGCUGUUGUUAUUGGAUCUGAAGCUCACGGUGUUUCUCCAGAGGCUUUUCAUUUAGUUCAUCUUACCGGUGGUUCUCGACUUGUUAUUCCAUCUGCAGAUAGAAUAAGCAGCUUGAAUGUUUUAUCAGCUGCUUCAGUUUUGCUCGGAGAAAUACAACGUCAAUUUUUAUGUUCUUAAUGGGAUGUACUUUUUUUUACGAAUAAACAGAUUUUUA